UGGGAGUCAGCAAAUGACACGAAAGAAUAUCCAGUGAUGGAGAAAGAGAAAGUGUAUUCAGAUGGAAAAGAACAAACUGAAUAUUGUGAUGAACUGAAGGAGGAAGGAAAAGAUCCUUAUGAAGGGGGGAAUUCUUCCAGUCUACUAGAGUGGAGUGACCCUAUACAGGAAAACCUAUACCCAGGCACUAUGAACAGGAAUGAGCUUACUGCAAGCAGGGAAAAAAUCCCCAACAAAUCAGAUAUUAAUAUUGAAUGGAGCACAUGUAACAAAAAGAAAAUAUUUCAGUUCCUGGAGGGUGGGAAAAGCUCCAGCUGGAGUGAUAACCUUACUUCCCAUCAAAGAAUUCACUCAGGGGAGAAACCAUACAAAUGCCUGGAGUGUGGGAAAAGUUUCAGUCAGCGUAGAAUCCUUUCUUCUCAUCAAAGGAGUCACACAGGGGAGAAACCCUAUAAGUGCCUGGAGUGUGGAAAAGGUUUCACUUGGGGUUAUAAUCUUUCUUCCCACCAAAGAGUUCACAGAGGUGUGAAACCAUAUACAUGCCUGGAGUGUGGGAAAAGCUUUUAUUGGAGUUCAGGCCUUACCUUUCAUAAAAGGGUUCAUACUGGGGAGAAACCUUAUAAAUGCCUGGAGUGUGGGAAAAACUUCCGUACGAGUUCAGACCUUGCAUCACAUGAAAGGAUUCACACUGGGGAGAAACCAUAUACAUGCCUAGAGUGUGGGAAAAGCUUCAGUCGGAGUGGAAAUCUUACUUUCCAUCAAAUAAUUCACUCAGGGGAGAAGCUGUAUAAAUGCCUUGAGUGUGGGAAAAGUUUCAGUCACCGUAGAAUCCUUUCUUCUCAUCAAAGGAUUCACACAGGGGAGAAACCUUAUACAUGCCUGGAGUGUGGGAAAAGUUUCAGUGACCGUAGAAGCCUUUCUUCUCAUCAAAGGAUUCACACAGGGGAGAAACCCUAUACAUGCCUGGAGUGUGGGAAAAGUUUUGGUGAUCGUAGAAGCCUUUCUUCUCAUCAAAGGAUUCACACAGGGGAGAAACCCUAUACAUGCCUGGAGUGUGGGAAAAGUUUCAUUCACCGUAGAAGCCUUUCUUCUCAUCAAAGGAUUCACACAGGGGAGAAACCCCAUACGUGCCUGGAGUGUGGGAAAAGCUUCCAUUGGAGUUCAGGUCUUACCUCACAUAAAAGAGUUCACACUGGAGAGAAACCAUAUAAAUGCCUGGAGUGUGGAAAAGGUUUCAGUCAGAGUUCACGACUUAUUGGCCAUCAAAGAAUUCACUCAGGAGAGAAACCCUAUAAAUGCCUGGAGUGUGGAAAAAGUUUCAGUUGGGUUCAUAACCUUUCUUCCCACCAAAGACUUCACAGAGGUGUGAAACCGUAUACAUGCCUGGAGUGUGGGAAAAGCUUCCAUUGGCGUUCAGGCCUUACCUCACAUAAAAGGGUUCACACUGGGGAGAAACCAUAUAAGUGCCUGGAGUGUGGAAAAGAUUUCAGUCAGAGUUCACAACUUAAUGUUCAUCAAAGAAUUCACUCAGGGGAGAAACCUUAUAAAUGCCUGGAGUGUGGAAAAAGCUUCCGUUCGAGUUCAGACCUUACCUCACAUCAAAGGGUUCACACUGGGGAGAAACCCUACAAAUGCCUGGAUUGUGGGAAAAGAUUCAGUCGGAGUGAUAAACUUACUUCCCAUCAAAGAAGUCACUUAGGGGUGAAACCAUGUAAAUGCCUGGACUGUGGGAAAAGUUUUUCUCGGCAUGAUAAGCUUACUUCCCAUCAAAGAAUUCACUCAGGAGAAACCAUAUAAAUGCUUGGAGUGUGGGAAAAGCUUCAGUCAGAGUGGAGGUCUUGCUGUCCAUUAAAGGAUUCACACUGGAAAGAAACCUUAUAAAUGCCUGGAGUGUGGGAAAAGCUUCCGUUCACGUUCAGUGUCAUGUCUGACUACCCAUUCAUCCAUGCCAAUAUUAAUUCUGAUGGUUAUGUUCUAAUGCCAGUUACUUUGAUGCUUGAGUGUCUGUUAAGGUCAAUAUUGUCAUAAGCCUGGAGUGUUUCAGUUUCCUAUUACUAAUAUUCUAGUGGAUUCUCACACUGGCAGGUGGCUGCCUAUUUACAACUUUGAACUCUAGACUAUGAUGUGUCUUUCCUCUUUGUAGCGUGAUAACACAAAUAUGCAAACUGUUCUCACAUAGAAAGAACAACAAUGUAUGUUUGGGCAUUAGGAGGGGGAAGGAAAGUCGGGUAGAAAAGAGAAGUGUAUUGCCGAUGUGGUCAUUCUUGUCAAACAUCUAUGCAAACUACUUAGAUGUUUACCUUACUUCUAAGUAGACCUUUGGAUCUGAAUAUAUAGAAAUAGACUGAUUUCUGAA